AUGCAGCGUGUGAUCUGGAAAACGAGGCAGAGCAUGCGCACACCCCCCGUGAGCCAGCGCGAGAACAAAAUGGCCCCGAAUUCCAUCCACUGGUUCCGGAAAGGACUCCGGCUCCACGACAACCCGGCCCUGCAGGAGGCCAUCCAGGGGGCCGGCACCGUGCGCUGCGUCUACUUCCUGGACCCGUGGUUCGCAGGCUCCUCCAACGUCGGGGUCAACCGGUGGAGAUUUCUCCUCCAGUGUUUGGAGGAUCUAGAUGCAAGUCUCCGGAAGCUCAACUCCCGCCUUUUCGUGAUCAGGGGCCAGCCAGCCAAUGUGUUCCCCCGGCUCUUUAAGGAGUGGAAGAUCUCCCGGCUGACCUUCGAGUACGACUCGGAGCCUUUUGGAAAGGAGCGGGACGCCGCAAUCAAGAAGCUGGCCACGGAGGCCGGGGUGGAGGUCAUCGUCAAGAUCUCACACACCCUCUAUGACCUAGACAAAAUCAUAGAGCUGAAUGGAGGGCAGCCUCCGCUGACGUACAAGCGUUUCCAGACCCUCAUCAGCCGCCUGGACCCCCCUGAGAUGCCCGCGGAGGCUUUGUCGGACACUAUAAUGGGCCAGUGCGUCACUCCCAUCUCUGACGACCACGGGGACAAGUACGGGGUCCCGUCUCUGGAAGAGCUGGGCUUCGACACAGAGGGCCUGCCGUCGGCCGUCUGGCCAGGAGGGGAGACCGAAGCCCUGACCAGGAUAGAGCGCCAUCUGGAGAGAAAGGCCUGGGUGGCUAAUUUCGAGCGUCCCAGGAUGAAUGCCAACUCGCUGCUGGCCAGCCCCACGGGCCUCAGCCCCUACCUGCGCUUCGGCUGCCUCUCCUGUCGCCUCUUCUACUUCAAGCUCACUGACCUCUACCGCAAGGUGAAAAAGAACAGCUCCCCCCCACUCUCCCUGUACGGUCAGCUGCUCUGGCGCGAGUUUUUCUACACGGCGGCGACCAACAACCCGCGCUUCGACAAGAUGGAAGGCAACCCCAUCUGCGUCCGCAUCCCGUGGGACAGAAAUCCCGAAGCGCUUGCUAAAUGGGCCGAGGCGAAGACAGGCUUUCCCUGGAUCGAUGCCAUCAUGACUCAGCUGAGGCAGGAGGGCUGGAUCCACCACCUGGCCAGGCACGCCGUGGCCUGUUUCCUCACCAGAGGGGACCUGUGGAUAAGCUGGGAGGAAGGGAUGAAGGUUUUCGAGGAGCUGCUGCUGGACGCCGACUGGAGCGUGAACGCCGGCAGCUGGAUGUGGCUGUCCUGCAGCUCCUUCUUCCAGCAGUUCUUCCACUGCUACUGCCCCGUGGGCUUCGGCCGGCGCACCGACCCCAACGGGGACUUCAUCAGACGAUACUUACCUGUCCUCCGAGGUUUCCCUGCUAAGUUCAUCUACGACCCCUGGAACGCCCCGGAGUCCGUGCAGGCAGCAGCCAAAUGCAUCAUAGGCGUCCACUACCCAAAGCCCAUGGUCCACCACGCAGAGGCCAGCCGGCUCAACAUCGAGAGGAUGAAGCAGAUCUACCAGCAGCUGAGCCGAUACCGGGGGCUGGGCCUGCUGGCGUCAGUACCAUCCACCAAUGGAAACGGGAACGGAGGAAUCAUGGCCUACUCUCCAGGAGAGCAGCAGCCAGGGACCAACAACAACAACUCGCACAUGGCCGGAGUGUCGGGGAGCUCGGUUGGAGCUAGUAACGGCAGCGGAAGCAUCCUGCUCAACUUCGACAGCGAGGAGCAGUCGGGGCCAAACGCUGCCGGGAAGCCCCAGCGCACGCCAGCGCCGCAGCCCAGUCCGAAGAAGCAGCAGCAGCAUGGAUACCACUCAGUGCCAGACGCCAGCAGCCGACCCUACCACGAGUUCGCCGUGCCUCAACACCCAGGCCAUUCAGGACUCCUCCUGCACAGCCGGGGCGGCAGCUCGGGGAAGCGGGAGCGCGAGUCGGAGUGCGAGGGGUCGGGGGAGGACGACUCCUGCUCCGUGCACAAGAUGCAGAGGCAGAGUGCCAAGACCUAA